CUUCCGGUGUCACAGGUCAACUCAUCCGAGAGCAAGCUAGGAGCCAAGAAAACCCACGGACACCUCCAAAAAACUGUUAAAAUCAUGUCCCACACCAUCCUGCUGGUGCAGCCCACCAAGAGGCCAGAGGGAAGGACGUACGCUGAUUAUGAAUCUGUCAACGAGUGUAUGGAAGGUGUGUGUAAGAUGUACGAGGAGCAUUUAAAGAGAAUGAACCCCAACAGUCCGUCAAUAACAUACGACAUCAGCCAGCUGUUUGACUUCAUCGACGACCUGGCUGACCUCAGCUGUUUGGUGUAUCGUGCCGACACACAGACAUACCAGCCGUACAACAAGGACUGGAUCAAAGAGAAGAUCUACGUGCUGCUGCGCCGUCAGGCCCAGCAGGCACAGAAGUGAAGCCUCUGACAGGGUAGAGGGUAGAGGGUUGGGGGGGGGGGGCAUUGUUAUUUUUUCUUUCUGUAACUUGUGUUGAAAUGAUUUGAGUAACCUGUUUUGAGCAGAUUUUGACAGUUUUUACUGAACGUUUUUUUCUCAUGAAGGGGAGGUGCAUUUUGUAUUUUAAUGUUUGCUUUAUUAAUAAAGAUUUCAUUUAAAUAAA